CGCUUCCGGUGCGGGAAGCCGAGUCGGAGCGGAAAGGGGCCCGCCGCAGUGUAGCGAGCAUCUGGGGCUCGCGGCUGCCACCACGGCGAUAUGAGGUUCCGGGCCAAGAUCGUGGAUUUGGGCUGCCUGAAUCACUUCACCCGUGUCAGCAACACCAUCUCCAAGCUGGCCAAGACGUGCACGCUGCGCCUCAGCCCCGACAAGCUCUACUUCAUCCUGUCCGACAAAGUGGCCAAUGGCGGGGUCAGCAUGUGGUGCGAGCUGGGCCAGGGCAACUUCUUCGACGAAUUUCAAAUGGAAGGGGUCGCCGCGGAUCACAAUGAAAUCUAUUUAGAGCUGGCGCCGGAGAACUUAUCCCGAGCCUUGAAAACGGCCCAGAAUGCCAAAACAGUAAAGAUCAAACUGACCAACAAGCACUGCCCCUGCCUCACCGUGGCCGUGGAGCUGCCAUCUUUGUCAAGCAGUAGUAGGAUUGUAACACAUGACAUUCCUGUAGGGGUUAUUCCCAGAAAAUUAUGGACUGAUUUCCGAGAGCCCACUGUACCAGACUUUGAUGUUAGUAUAUAUUUACCAGUAUUGAAGACUAUGAAGAGUGUAGUGGAAAGAAUGAAAAACAUCAGCAGUCAUGUUAUUAUUGAAGCAAAUCUAAAAGGAGAAAUGAACUUGAAAAUAGAAACUGAUUUAGUAUGCAUUACAACACAUUUUAAAGAUCUUGGAAAUCCUCCAUGGGCCUCUGAAGAUGCUUCUCAAGAUAGAGAUUCAGAGAGCAUGGCUGAAGCACGAAUAGAUAUUAAGAAGCUUCUACAGUUUCUUGCAGGACAGCAAGUCAACCCAACAAAAGCAUUAUGUAAUAUUGUGCAUAACCGGAUUGUUCACUUUAUUUUGCUACAUGAGGAUGUUUCCCUUCAGUAUUUCAUUCCUGCGUUGUCAUAAGAAUUCAGCUGUUCAAGAGUUUUUGACAAUCCAAAGAACUUUUCUAUUAAAAUUUCAAAAAGAUGAUGGGUUGAUGUGUUGUAUAAGCCUUUGGGCUGUAUCUUCAGUAUGGUAAACAUCAUGUAAAAGCAA